AUGUACCGAAUCAGCGCCGACAGCAAGAUGGUUGAUGGCCCCAAGACCCUAGGAAAGUGGAUAAGGAACGGCUACGAGGCGCAAAAGGAGCAAGCCGUGGUCGAGGGUCUGCCUUGGGACCAGGUCAAGGGUUGGUAUGACGUGUCAAAACUUGAUGCCAAAAAGGUAGAACGGUUGGAAAACGGCGAGAAGCUCGAGGAACUUUUCGAGGCGAAUCCAGAGUUCAAUCCAAAAUACGAACCGCUGCACGGCAGUGGGGAGGUACCCAAGCUUGCCGGGUUUCGAUCGAAUUCUGAUGCAUGGGGUGAACAGCCGUGGAAGGCGUUCAAAGACCAGAAGGUGUCCAAGUCUUUUGAUGAGUUUGUACAGGCAAUCUCGGCCGGCUCGGGUACGGCUUCCAAAGGCGAAGAGGCACAAGGAGAGCAAGACUCCCCCAAGGGUGACGAGGCAGAGGCCGGUGCUGGCACGAGUAACAACGCAGAGUCUGAGCCUAGGCCCGAGUCAAACCGACGCGACUUCAAGAGUGCUUGCAGUGGAAACGCGCUCAAGAGAGCGAUUAGCUGCACCAAGGUUGAAGAGGCAAAGCUGUCAGAAGCCAAUGACCUCAAGGCGAAAUACCUAGCAGAAGGGGACAAGGGCCUGAUUGAAUACGAAAAUAAGCACUUUAUCGCGGCCGGCCUUAAGCAGCUCGCCAAGGACGACGUCAAAGUACUGAAAAAGCUGCUGCCUGCAAAGGCACAGCUGUUUACCAUGGAUUUCGUGCUGGCCCUUGAUAAGGAUAGUCCACCCUUUUGGAAGGCUCUUGUUGACGGCCUGGAGAAUAAUGAGUUCACGUUAUCAGACUGCCAGAUAGGGUUUAAAAAGGCACUGUCCAAGACAAUUGAUAAACAAUACACGGAAUUCGACUCACCCGAGCACGCGCUUACGUCACUAAUCAAUAUCGGAACGGAUCUAUGGGACACGGUGGAAGCCGCUUUUCCUGUCAAUUUCUGGAUGGACUUGGUCGAGGAGCUGCCGACAGAAUGCAGAGACAUUGCUGCGGCAACGAUACCAGAGGAGAAGUUGAAAGUUGCCAACGAGGGAGUAGACACGCUGAUUCAAGCCUGGUCCAACCUGACGCCGCUGGGCAGGGCAAACGAUCGCUGGACAGAGGACAGCGUUUUGCACCCCGAGAUGACUACGGGACAAAAGAUUCUCGAUGUCAUGUACGAUACGUUUACGCAUUUCUCGGUAUUUGGUUGGGUAUUUUCUUUGGCAUUUCCUGAUGUGGCGAAAUCAAUCGCCAAAAUCCCAAUUAAAAGGAUAGAUCAGCACAGCUACUGGGAAGUAUAA